AAGAGACUUAUAAAUAUCUUCAUCAAUCUGUUUCCAGGAAGAACAAAUUCAUUCAAAGGAAAACCCACAAAAUAUGAAGUACAACCAUCUUUAUUUACCACACAGGAUCCUUUUGAUACUUCAACUACAUUUACCGGAUUAUACUGAUAUACUUUUACUGAAGUAACAUUGUCAGAGCAUUACUUUUACUUGUAACAAUAUUUUUAUAGUGUGUUUUAGUACUUUUACUAUCAAUUCUCGAAACAGUAUUUUGUCAAUGUACUUUUACUUAUGUGUCAAUACUUAAUGAAGUAUUUUACAGUGUGGUAUUAGUACUUUUACUAUCAAUACUCGAAACUGAGUAUUUUGUCAAUGUACUUUUACUUAUGUGUCAAUUCUUAAUGAAGUAUUUUACAGUGUGGUAUUAGUACUUUUACUAUCAAUACUUGAAAUAGAGUAUUUUGGAAUUGUACUUUUACUUAGGUAUUAAUACUUAAUGAAGUAUUUUACUGUGUGGUAUUAAUCAAUACUUUUACUUCAGUAUCAAGGCAGCACUUUUACCUUUAGCAGAGUAUUUUUACAGUGUGGUAUUAGUACUUUUACUGCAGUAAAGGAUCUGAGUACUUCUUCAAGGACCACUGAUUUAAAAAAAAACAAAAAAAAACGUUGAUCCUUUCAUCCGGGUUCUUUCCUCCGACCGGUUGUGGCGGGAAUCCAUCUUAAACUCGGCUAGCUCGGUUAGCUUCGCUUCCUUUAGUUUGUGUCUUAACCAGUUGAUUCUAGCUUCAUUUAGAACGUAACACGAACACUAGAAUCGGGUAUCGAGGUCCAUUUUAUUUAAAUAGUUAACUACAAUAACGUUCUGUCUGUCUAUCAAAGACAUUUAGUCAAGAAGUAGCUUGAAUCCAUUUGCAGCAACCGCUAAGCUAACAGUGAGCUAGCUCGGUAGCAUUAGCCGCCAUUAGCAGCACUUCAGCAGAAUCCAUUUGUGUAGCUUAGUCUGCUCGAGCUAGCUUAGGUAACGUUAGCAUUAAAUAAACCAGGUUAGAAGAAGAAUGGCAACAGGGAGAAGACAGAUGAAGAAGAAACACCCGGAAGAAAAAUUAGAUAAAAAGGUUUUUGAUUUUAUUACAGAAGAUGAAAAGAAAGAGCUGAGCGGCUCAGAGGAGGAUGUGAGAGAAGAUGAAACUCCGAUGGGGGAAAAGUCGGCCAAGAAGAGACCAGCAUCCGACUUUGAACAGGAGGCAACGAGUGCUGUCGGAAAUGAGGUUCACUCCAUGUUGGAGAAAUUCGGAGCUGACAUCAGUAAGGUGAUGCAGGCCAAGAAAAAACGUCUGGAGUCUCUGACCAAGAACUACAUGAAGGGAAGUCAACACAAGCUGGAGCAGCUGUGGAACACCUACCACGGACAGAG